UAUUUUGUUUCUAUUUGAUGUCACUAGAUAGCAGCACUAACCAAGCGUUUGAGUUUAACUGUGGUGGCUUGAAUAACCGUGCAUUAAGUCACGAGAAAUUUGUAAACAUGGCGGGUCUGAAAGAAAAGCACGUUAUUUUGCUUUUUUCUGCCUUCUUAAGUGCUUUUUACCUUACAUCAGCAGUUGAAGAAGUUGUUGUAAUUCAUGCUCCAGAAUCAGUGAAAUUCUUAUCCAGUGAACCAGUACGCUCAAGCUAUUUGGGGGAUAUAUUCUCUGCAAUGUUAUCUUAUACCAUUCGAAGUAAUAUAGAAUGGCACAGUUUAGCAGCAGUUACACCUUGGAAAAGGCCAGAAGCUCUGGUAAUUCUCGAACUCCUAGGAUUUGAUAACAAAAUUGAUCUACCUCUUGAUGGAAGCAAAUUUUUACUAGAAAAUGUAGGAGAUCUUAGUGGGCAGUAUGAUUUGCCAGCUCAUCGAACUAAUGAGAGGUUUUUUGGGAAGAGUCCUAUUAUGCUUCACAUGGACUUUGGAGAUGAGCUUCAUGAUUCCAAGAUUGCACAACCAGUUUUACUAAAAUCUCUUCCUGCUGAUCCUAAAAAACGUUUGGAAUUAGCUUUGAGUGAUCCUGAACUUGGACAGCUUAUUAAAGAAUCAACAUUUAAUGUUUCAUUUCCAAGUGAUGUGCAACUGCUUACUGAGUUAGCUACCAUAAAAGAAUUUUUAAAAGCUCUUUCUGCACAUAAAGCUGAAAUUCGUGAUGGAGUGCCUGAUAUAUAUUGGUUGAAAAUUGGAGGGCUGGAACCCAUUGUUUCAACUUACGGCCCUGACUCCUUUCAGUUUCGAGAAGCGUUGAGGUUACUGAGACAAAUGAUAUCGGAAGUUGAAGGAACAGUACGUAACAUCUAUAAUGAUAAUGUGGUUGUUGCUGUCAUCAAAGCAAACACUAUUCCCUUAUCUCUAGGACAUAGAGGCCGAAGACUUUUAGAAAGUACAGAGGCACCACAACCUACUAACGACUAUAAUCUAGCACCAAAGUGGGAUCCGAUGUUUCCUGUGACUUUUGCUAUGCUAGCUUUCAUCGGCAUUUUACUUACGUUAUCUAUUCUUGGAAUCAGCUUAGCCCUCUGGAAUAUGGAUCCUGGUCGAGACUCCAUCAUAUACAGAAUGACAAAUCAACGAAUGAAGAUUGACUAGACAAAUAAUACUGAUUCAUCAUUUAUAUUAAAUUAUGAACUUAAUUCUCUUGCAUUCAAUUUUUUUCAUUGCCUUUCAUUUUUGUUUAAAUUUCAGCCUAGGCUGAUAAAGAUGCCUGUUUUUGGCAUUUACCAUUUCGGAUGUGAUGUUUAUGUUUCCACCAAACAGAUUAGGCUCAAAUCGUUUUAUUUUCGUAAUAGGAAAGAUUUUAUUUUUGCAAAAAGUAAAACCAGUUUAGUUUACGUUUUGAAGAUUUAUCCCUAGUAUUUUGAGACAUAAAUUAAUUAAUAUAUAAUUUUUUUUGUGAAAGUAUUUUUUUAGGUACAUAAAUUAUUGCUUUUUUUCUUUACUAUGCUUACUAGAACUGAAGGAGAUUUAUUGAAUGGUACACUACACAGUGAAAGUUAUAGAUUACACGUAAGCUAAUAUAGAUUAAGAAAUGGAAAUAUAGUGAAUUACUAUUGCUGUAAUAAAUAAGAGUAGUGCCUCUAUAUCAGCUGGUGAUACAUAUCAGCAAUUACCUUGGUUAUAUGAACCGCCAGUAAUAAGAAUGCUGUAUGUAAUAGGAUAUUCGUCCAGCAUAAAUAAAUACGGUGAAAUUUAACACAUAAAUUGCGUGCAGUUAACCAAAUUAAAUAAAAUAAUAAAAUAUUUUGCGCGCUAUAUUUCCUUUCUCUUCUGUGUAAAAUUAAGUGAUUCUGGUAUUUUAGCUUAAUCCUAAAAAAAGUAAGGAAUAAAAGAAUACUAUACAUACAGUAUGUAAUGAAAUUGCAUGUGACAUACAGUAUGUAAUGUCGCAUGCAAUUUCAAGAAACUAAAUCAAGAUUACUGCAAUUGCAAGGAAACAUCGAUCAGAUACUUUUAUGCAUAAUUUUUCUUUUAAGAUUAAUUUCUGUGGAACAACAAUACUAGGUAUAUUUACGGUGCAUUAUUUCUCAAGAUUAUAGUCUAUUCCUUAUCACGGUGUUUUAAAAUUAUUACUACAUUUUUAUGUGGCUGUGAACUGUGAAUAUGGGGACGUGAAAAAUUGCGUUUUUCUGAUUAAAUUUUGAAGUUUUAAGUGAACUUAGAGUUAAGGUAAUAAGUUUUAUUGAUAUUGUUUUUUAAAUGUAAUAUAAAUGCGCAAAAUUAUUUUAUUCUGAAAGAAAGUAACUAUUUUAUGCUAAUUUCCAAGGACUAAAACUGCUGACACUAGUAGGUUAACAAUGAUCAUCUUGGCUUUUUGAGCAAAAAAAUUUAAAAGUAUUAAAAUUUUUUUAAAAAAUUACAAAUUUAUUGAAACCUUAAAAGGGCACUUUUUCUUAGAAGCUAUUUAUUUAUUUUUCGUAAAAAUUUACUAUAUCAAAUUCUUAAAACCCGAAGAGAACUUCUGAAUGAAGAAUUUUGAUUUAUUCUGUAUCACUAUUAUUAAUUAAUUCUGUUGUAAGAAUGAAACUUGAAAAUUGGGCCAAACAGUAACUUUACAUUGGCGUAUGGUAUACAUAAAACUCUAUCGAUUUCGAGGGCGAUCAGAUACAUGCCUCUGUUCUUCAGGAACAAAAAUAUUCCGUUAAGAUUAACAGAAUUUUUUGCAGUCCUGUUGUUCUGAACAGUUAGUGAGCUUUACUGACAUAAACUGUAAUAUACUCUUUUUUAUAAACUGGAAUGCCAGUUUAACUUUUUUUUAAAAAUUAUAAUAAUUUCUUCAUAUAUUCAGAAACAUAACAACUUAUAAUUUUUAUUUUUAUUGCUUUAACUAUUAUUUAUCACGAUUGCUUAGAAACAUUUAAAAAAAAAAAAACUUUUUAUGAAUACAGUAUUAAGAUUUCUUUAGCAACAUUUUUAAAAUGCAUUCUAGUCUCUGUAUAUAAUGACCAAGAAGUUAUUGGAUAUAAUAUUGUAGUGUGCAUACCAUUGGUUAAGUGAAUAAAUGUUUUAAUAGAUCUCUGGUGCAUUCUGCAUAUUCACAUCACUGUCAUUUAAGAUUGCUCGUAUGGAUCUUAGUAAUAUAAUUAUAGUCUUAAAAAUUAUGGUUGUAAUUGCAAUUUCUUUUUAAAAUAGAUUUUCUAAAAGAAAAUUUUUGUUCAUUGCUAAUGCUCUUCAUAGAUUAUAUGUAUUUAUAGGUAGUUGUUAAAUUAAAAAAAUCAUUUUUUUUAUUGAUGAAAUCUGUUAUGGAAGUGUAAAAUCAAUAUUCUACUAGUAGGAGGUAAAGUCUUUCUUUCUCUGCGACUGUGAUGUAAUUUAUAUUCCAGGUAUUUAAAUAUGUAUUCCAGUGUAUAUAUUCUAUUUAUACUUUCAUUAUCAAAUCUUUAAAAUUCAGUAUAUUUCUGUAUUAUGAAACUGUGAAGAAAAAAUGUGUGUAUUUCUAGAGAGAGUGCGCUUUUGUUUUGUGUAGUGCUAAUUGUUUGUACUCAUUUUGGUUUCACUUUUAAUUAUGUAGAGAUUAAAUUUUAAUUCUGUUGUCAUAAAGUGAUGUAUGGAAUAUUAUAUAUAAAUAAUAUUUGGCUUUGAAUUACUCAAGAAAGAACAAUAAACAUAGAAGUUAAUAUUAAAGAAAGUAUAUUCUUUUUGUAAAUGUUAUAUUGUACAAAUAAAUAAUUAUUUUAGA